ACGCCCCGAAACUCUGGAUUUACAAUCUCCAUGUGAGGAGCCCUUUACACCUUCAGCCCAGUCUGCUCGGCCACUCACCUUUUCACAGCAAAACUGCCUCACGAAGGUCUUGGGGAGCACAGGAGGCGUGUGGCUGCGAUCUGGGGUCCGCCUGCUUCCCAGAGGGGCUGUGGGCCAUCCUGAGCCACAUCACCUCCCCUACCGUGACCUUCCGGGAGGGACUUCCCAGACCCGCAGGAUUCCAGAGAUUUUUUUCUUUUGUUCUUUCUUCUCUUGAGAGUGCAGGCAGGGAGAGGGACAGAGAGAGAAUCUUAAGCAGGCUCAGCACAGAGCCCGAUCUCUGUGGGCUCAACCCCACGACCCUGGGAUUAUGACCUAGACCGAAAUCAGUCAGACGCUCAACUGACUGAGCCACCCAGGUGCCCCAGAGCACCCCCCCCCUUUUUUUUUAAGAACUGUUUUAGUUUUAGGAAAAAUUGGGAAGACGAGUUCCGUAUGCCUGCUUCCUAACACUUUCCCUGAGUAGCCAAGCCUGUUGCAUUAGUAGGUCUUUGUUACUGUUAGUGAACGCAGCUGUUAACUGAAGUCCCUGCUGAACUCAGGUUCCCUCAGUUUCCCCUAACCCCCUUGAGCUCUUCCGGGAUUCCUUGGAGGGUAUGCCUCGUUUGUGGAGUUGUACCGUCUCUUGUGGGCACUUGUCGGUCGUCAGUCUGUGGAGGGGUGGCCGUGUUGGAGCCGGGCUCUGUCGUCCUGGUCGCUGUGGAGGUGGGAGAAGGGGGCAGAAGACAGGCUGAGUUCAGUCCCAGUCUUCCCGAAGAUGAGGGCGGAGCCUGUUGGUUGUCACCCCAAAGGGGCGAGGCAGGCGUCCAGCCCAGUGAGGCCUCGCCUCUGAUUGAGCCGGUCCCCGUCCGUCCGUCCGUCGUCUGUCCUUCCUUCCGUCAACUUGUCUUAUCUGUUUUAAGGUUAUGUGUGAUUUUUAUUUAUUUUUUUAAACUGUUUAAUUUUUAAGUUCAUUUAUUUUGAGAGUGAGAGUGAGCACAAGCAGGGGAGGGGCAGAGAGAGAGAGAGAGAGAGAGAGAAUCCCAAGCAGGCUCCACAUUGUCAGCACAGAGCCCGAGGCUCGAACUCACAAACUGCGUGAUCAUGACCUGAGCCCAAGUCGGAUACGUAACCCACUGAGCCACCGAGGUGCUUAAAUUCAUGAGAAAGUUUUUGUGACGUCCCCUUUAUGGUUCUACACACUCACAAGGGCACAAUUCCGUAGCAUUAAGUACAUUCACAGGUUGUGCAACCAUCACCAGGAUCUGUAUGCAAAACGUUCAUCAGGUCAAACCAAAACUCCUCCCCGUUCACCAGCGACGCCUCAUAACCUCUGUCCUACCUGAUCCCAGCAUGCCUUCCGAGACACCCCAAGCAGAAACGGGGUCCGCAGGGUGCCCCCACCUCUCAGGGGCACACCUAGGGAAAGGGAGCCUGGAGAAGGGACCUCCGGGGGACAAGGAAGCCAAGGAGCGCCUGUGGAUCCGUCCCGAUGCCCCAAGCAAGUGUUCCUGGCAGCUGGGCAGGCCGGUCACUGACUCCCCUCAUCACCACACUGUCUUGACCAAAUCCCCCCAAAUCUUGCCAGACAUCCUGAAGAAGAUCGGGGACACCCCCAUGGUGAGAAUCAAUAAGAUCGGAAAGAAAUUUGGCCUCAAGUGCGAGCUCUUGGCCAAGUGUGAGUUCUUCAACGCCGGCGGGAGCGUGAAGGACCGUAUCAGCCUGCGCAUGAUUGAGGACGCCGAGCGGGCCGGGACCCUGAAGCCCGGGGACACCAUCAUUGAGCCGACGUCCGGGAACACAGGGAUCGGGCUGGCCCUGGCUGCCGCCGUGAAGGGUUACCGCUGCGUCAUCGUGAUGCCGGAGAAGAUGAGCACGGAGAAGGUGGAUGUGUUGCGGGCCCUGGGGGCCGAGAUUGUGAGGACGCCCACCACGGCCAGAUUUGACUCCCCGGAGUCCCACGUGGGGGUGGCCUGGAGGCUACGGAACGAGAUCCCCAACUCUCACAUCCUGGACCAGUACCGCAACGCCAGCAACCCCCUCGCUCACUACGACACCACCGCCGAGGAGAUCCUGCAGCAGUGUGACGGGAAGUUGGACAUGCUGGUGGCUUCGGCGGGCACGGGUGGCACCAUCACGGGCAUCGCCAGGAAGCUGAAGGAGAAAUGCCCAGGGUGCAAAAUCAUCGGGGUGGAUCCCGAGGGUUCCAUCCUCGCAGAGCCCGAGGAGCUGAACCAGUCGGAGCAGACGGUCUACGAGGUGGAAGGGAUCGGCUACGACUUCAUCCCCACGGUGCUGGACCGGACGGUGGUGGACAAGUGGUUCAAGAGCAACGAUGAGGAGGCCUUUGCCUUCGCCCGGAUGCUGAUUGCACAGGAGGGGCUGCUGUGCGGUGGCAGUGCCGGCAGCGCCAUGUCGGUGGCCGUGAAGGCCGCCCAGGAGCUGCAGGAGGGCCAGCGCUGCGUGGUGAUUCUGCCGGACUCGGUGCGCAACUACAUGUCCAAGUUCCUGAGUGACAAAUGGAUGAUGCAGAAGGGCUUCCUGAAGGAGGAGGACUUCACCGUGACAAAGCCGUGGUGGUGGCACCUGCGAGUUCAGGAGCUGAGCCUGUCGGCCCCGCUGACGGUGCUGCCCACGGUCACCUGCGAGCACACCAUCGAGAUCCUCCGCGAGAAGGGCUUCGACCAGGUGCCCGUGGUCGACGAAUCAGGGGCGAUCCUGGGGAUGGUGACCCUGGGGAACAUGCUGUCGUCCCUGCUCGCUGGGAAGGUUCAGCCGUCAGACCAAGUUCGAAAAGUCCUCUAUAAGCAGUUCAAACAGAUCCGGCUGACGGACCCGCUGGGCAAGCUGUCGCACAUCCUGGAAAUGGACCACUUCGCCCUGGUGGUCCACGAGCAGAUCCAGUCGCGGGACCUGGCCUUGACGGGCGUGGUGGGGGGGCCCUCAGACCACAGCAACGGCAAGUCCAGUAAGAGGCAGACGGUGUUCGGGGUCGUCACUGCCAUCGACUUGCUGAACUUCGUGGCCGCUCGGGAGCGCGACCGGAAGACCAGGUCAGGAAGCACCUCGGAGCCCAGACCUGCCGGGGCCACGGUACAGCUCUGACCGCGCCUGCGCCUCGCCUCGCCUCGCC